AUGGUAGUUUUUUUCUACAAGUUCCCGGUUACAACACAAAUUUUCCACAUCACGAAACACACGUUUGCUCUAGUGAAUCUCAAACCAAUCGUACCCGGACAUGUCCUGGUAGUACCAUUGCGUAGGGUGCCGAGAUUGGCAGACCUGCCUGAAAACGAGAGCAUUGACUUCUUUCAGACCGUUCAGCGGGUGCAAAAGUUUAUCCAACAUACAUAUUGUGCUGACUCACUAAAUCUCGGGAUACAGGACGGGAUUGCCGCUGGCCAGAGCGUGCCCCAUGUCCAUUGUCACAUAAUACCGAGAUACCUCAAGGACGGAUGGGGAGAUGGGAUAUACGGAGCACUGGAGGAGAACGAGGGGAUGAUGAAGGCGGAUUUUAUGAUGAAGGAAGGGUGGUGGAAGGAGGUGAAUAGGGGCAUGAAUGUUGAAAACGACGAGGAGAGAAAGCCACGGACGAUGGAAACGAUGGAGAAAGAAGCAGCCUGGUUGAGCGAGAGGAUGAAGGAGUGGCUAAAGCCAAGUGGAGAGUGGAGAUCAGAUUACGGUGUGAAUCUCGACACGGUUCAACAGGAGUAA